UCCAAAAAAUGGCGGACAACAACCAAAGCGCAGAAGCACAGUCAGACAUUCACAAGAAGAUCAGAUCAGCUUUUAAAACAUUUGACUUCCUGUCUAACAACACGGUGGAGGCUUGUGAGAUUAACUCCGUCAUCUAUUCACUGGGUUGCUUUCCGACUCAGGCAGAUCUACAUGCCUUCAUAUCUGAGGUGGGAGAGGAUAACUCAGGAUUUAUUGAACUGGACAAGUUCCUCCCAGCGAUGACCAAAAUACUGCUGGAGCACAGGUUUCCUCCCAUCCCUGAGGAACGUCUUCUUCAGGCUUUUGAGGUUCUGGACAAAGAAAAGAAAGGCUACCUAGAACCUGAAGAGCUGAGGAAAUACAUGACAGAGGAAGGUGAACCYUUCACUCAAGAGGAGAUGGAAGAGAUGCUAACAGCACUGGUUGACAACAAACAGAAGUGUGUACUAUAUAAGGAGGUGAUCGGCCAACUUGUCAUAGACCCUGACACAUAGACUAACAUGUCAGCACACCUUCUAGGAAAUACCACAAACAUAUAAUAAAACAUAAUUCAUUCUGCA